AUGUCUGAUACAGGAGACGAAAAAUUUGUCCUAGGAAUCCUACGCUUCUUUGAAUUUGCAUUCGGUGCAUCUCUCGUCGGCGUGUGCGCGUGGCUUCACGAUCGACUAGCCGAUGCUCGCUAUUACAAUCUCUACAGAAUCGAUGUAACGCUCGGCUUCUCAGUCGCUGCUACUUUUAUUUCAGCCUUGGCUGCUCUUACGUAUAUAUUUCACUCAGCAGGCACACAAUCCGUCAUGGGGAUUUUCGACGUGGUUUUGUUCGCGGGGUAUAUCGCUUCAGCGGUAGUCUUUAGCGGCUUCAGCGCGAAAUGCAGCUCCAAUAGGUUUGUUGUAGUUAUUCAAACCGUUGGAUCCACCAGUUGCGGCACAGUUAGGCUGGCUGCGGCGGGAAUUAUCAUUCAAAUUCUCUUAUUUCUGUGUACUGCGAUCCUGUCGUUUCACCUGGCAGAACGCCUUCACCGCCGCCGCGCUGCCGAAGUUGUACCAAGCUCGCAGGCCCAUGAACAGAAACGGUGGUAUGGGCGCAAGAGAAGCAAUCCGGACGACGUCAGAGCCGAGGCUCCAGCCGAAGCCCCAGCAGUCUAG